GCAGAGGCGGUGACGAUGGGCACUAGAAGCCCCCGGCGGGGCCCCGGCCCCCCAGACGGCGGCUGGGGCUGGGCCGUGCUGGGCGCCUGCUUCGUGGUCACCGGUUUCGCCUAUGGCUUCCCCAAGGCCGUGAGCGUCUUCUUCCGCGCGCUCAUGCGCGACUUCGGCGCGGGCUACAGCGACACGGCCUGGGUAUCCUCCAUCAUGCUCGCCAUGCUCUACGGGACAGGCCCGGUGUCCAGCAUCCUCGUGACCCGCUUUGGCUGUCGCCCGGUGAUGCUGGUGGGUGGGCUGUUGGCCUCGGCCGGCAUGGUCCUAGCAUCCUUCGCCACGCGCCUCCUGGAGCUAUACCUGACAGCUGGGGUGCUCACAGGCCUGGGCCUGGCCCUCAACUUCCAGCCGUCGCUCAUCAUGCUGGGGCUGUAUUUCGAGCGGCGGCGGCCUCUGGCCAACGGGCUGGCGGCGGCCGGCAGCCCCGUGUUCCUGUCGGCGCUGUCACCGCUCGGCCAGCAGCUGCUCGAGCACUUCGGCUGGCGCGGCGGCUUCCUGCUGCUCGGCGGCCUCCUGCUGCAUUGCUGCGCGUGCGGCGCCGUCAUGCGGCCGCCGCCGCGGCCACGCAGGAACAGCGCGGUCGACGCUCCCGGGGAGGCGGAAGCCGAUAGUGCGGGACUGCGCUUGCGCGAGGCGCCCUCUGGUGGCAGGACCCGCCGGCGCCUGCUGGACGUGACCGUGUGCACCGACCGUGCCUUCGCGGUGUACGCCGUCACCAAGUUCCUGAUGGCGCUCGGGCUCUUCGUGCCCGCCAUCCUGUUGGUGAACUACGCCAAGGACGCGGGCGUGCCUGACUCCGAGGCUGCCUUCCUGCUCUCCAUCGUGGGCUUCGUAGACAUCGUGGCGCGGCCGGCGUGCGGCGCCCUGGCCGGCCUGGCGCGCCUGCGGCCGCACGUCGCCUACCUCUUCAGCCUGGCCCUGAUGGCCAACGGGCUCACGGACCUGAGCAGCGCGCGCGCGCGCACCUACGGCGCCCUUGUCGCCUUUUGCGUCGCCUUCGGCCUCUCCUACGGCAUGGUGGGCGCCCUGCAGUUCGAGGUGCUCAUGGCGGCUGUGGGUGCGCUCCGAUUCCCCAGUGCGCUGGGCCUGGUGCUACUCCUCGAGGCUGUGGCUGUGCUCAUCGGACCGCCCUCUGCCGGCCGCCUGGUGGACGCGCUGAAGAACUACGAGAUCAUCUUCUACCUGGCAGGCUCUGAGGUGGCCCUGGCCGGGGUCUUCAUGGCUGUCGCCACCAAGUGUUGCCUGCGCCGCUCUCAAGACGCCACGCCCAGCCCAGGCGCCAAGGGCGGGGCCAGCGACACGGAGGAUGCCGAGGCCGAAGUGGACUCUGAGCCCCCGCCUACCAGCGCCGAGGAGCCCGGUGGCCUCGAAGCCCUGGAGGUGCCGAGCCCAGGGACUGGGCCCUCGGAACCCGAGAUGGAGGCAGAGCCGGGGCUACACUCCGAGUCUGUGUAGCGCGGGGGCACUAGGUGGGGUGGCCAGGGACUUCAGGAAUGGGGCUUCCCCUCUCAGAGCCCCGGCUGCCCCAACAGGGCCUGGCACACGGGAGGCCGCUCCGGUGGUCACCCCCAGGGUCCAUGCAGGGAGCUGCCUCCCUCAUCUGCCCACUGGCCCUGGCCCCACCAGUGAAGCUGCUGUGCACGGCAGGGUCUGGGCCUGUGUGAAU